CUACAACUGCCCCGGUCACUUAUAAUUUGCACUCCAUGAAUACAAUCUACCAAAAAAUGAUCAUCACCCGUCGUCUUGUUGCCAGUGUUGGUGGAGUCUUGGCCGUGGUUGCCUUAAUGGCUGCUAGUUGCAGCUACGGAAAGGUUACCCUUGGAAUCAACAGUAACGCUCAGGAGCACAGACUCACAUCCAAUCAUGUCCAAAGUCUCCGAUCGGGCGCGGCUUCCACCGUUCGAGAUCUCGGCCGGAGUUCCAUUAAGGGGAGAGGACAAGUGAAGGGUCGUGCCUCUUUACAGUCACACAAUACUCAUGGAUCCUCCCCCGGUGCACAGUCAUCGUCAUCCACCUCACAGACUUCGUAUGGAGGGUUCCAGAUCAGUUCCUCUAGUAGCGGUCCCAACAGCAUUGUUGACGGAAUAACGUUCAGUACGUUUGGUACGGAAAACUCACGAAACACCACCGCUGACGAUACGCUUGGCUCGAGCGGUGGAAGCAACGGCAGUUACGGCGGCUUUAACGGAACUUUUGAAGGCUCGGCGGAAUCGAUUGCCGUGGAGACUGUAAGCGCGGAACCCAACGCCACCGUGCCCAGAGACGGGUACGUCGAUGUUGAAGCAGGAGGCUCAAUGGAUGCGUAUGCGACCGCCAAGGGUAACGCAAGCUCAUACUCAGCAGCUGCUGGGCUCGGAAUCUCCGGACUGUACGGAGAAGUCAAUGAUGGCGAUCUGAGAGCCAACGCGGAAGGUCUAGAGUUUCUGUCGGCGUACGCCACCAGUGUACCUAACGAAACCGUCGAUAUCGUCAAUGGUGACUCGAGCAGUUUUGUUUACAGCGACACGGCGGGACGAGCAAACGAUUUUCUUCCCUAACAAAGCAGAACUGAUGACUAAAAAUAGUUUUCAAACUUGAUAAUCG